CCAACACACACUGAGCUGCUGCACCAUGUCACACCAACCGCUCAGUCUCCCAGCCAAGCUGAUAAACGGGGGCGUGGCCGGGAUGGUGGGGGUGACGUGUGUGUUCCCCAUCGAUCUGGCCAAAACCAGACUCCAGAACCAGCGCAGCAGCCAGAAAGUUUACAAGAACAUGAUGGACUGUCUGGUGCAGACGGUUCGGUCUGAGGGAUAUUUCGGCAUGUACAGAGGAGCAGCGGUCAAUCUCACCCUGGUGACCCCGGAAAAAGCCAUCAAACUCGCAGCCAACGACUUCCUAAGGCACCGGCUGAGCGGAGGAGGCUCAAGGUUGAGUGUGUUUAAGGAGAUGAUGGCAGGAUGUGGAGCCGGAGUGUGUCAGGUGAUCAUCACCACGCCCAUGGAGAUGCUGAAGAUCCAACUACAGGACGCAGGACGACUCGUGGCUCAGAGGAACCUGACUGUUCUCUCCACGCUGAAGUUAGGAACGGUGGCUCCAGUCCUGAACUGCAGGUACAGUGUGGGAUGCAUCACACACCUCAGGAGACCCUCAGCCCUGCAGAUCACUCAGGACCUGCUGCGGAGUCACGGUGUUCAGGGUCUCUACAAGGGGCUCACGGCCACGCUCAUCAGGGACGUUCCCUUCUCCAUCAUCUACUUCCCCCUGUUCUCUCACCUCAACCAGCUGGGUAAAGCCCCGGGAGACGAGAGCGCCCCCUUCUACUGGAGCUUUAUAUCAGGGUGUGCAGCGGGGUGCACCGCCGCCGUGGCCGUCAGUCCCUGCGAUGGAGGAUUGUGGGUACUGAAGGACCGGCGGCGCUGAUGAAGGGCUCCGGCUGCAGGGCGCUGGUCAUCGCUCCGUUAUUCGGUAUCGCUCAGGUGGUUUAUUUCAUCGGCGUGGGAGAGUUCGUGCUGGGCCAGUUUCCUAAUCUUUAACAUGUUCUCCUCCUGAGAGGCAACAGAGGAACCACGAGAGUGUGAAUGUUUACUAAAAUUUCUCCCGACACUGGAACCUUUAUUUUAUAUGUAAAUAAAAAUGUGCAGGAGCUGAGUUCAAUUCCCUCAGAGAUACACAAUAGAGUUUCAUAAUAGAAUUCAUUCUGUUCUAAUCCUCCCUCAUCAGCGUCUCUCACCAGCUGGGCUGUAAUUCCCUCCUGCACCACCCACACACGCCCUGACUAUCACCCGCACUCUCUCAUGGAGUCACACCGAGAUGUGCUGUACUGUACCGUGAUUUACCUGCAGCAGCAACAAGGAACUCCAUCCAGCUUCUCUGUGUGGACGCCCGGUCGGUGGAUAGUACAGCUGCAACUUGAGAUCACAGUGGUGGUGGCACAGACAGCAUCCAGAUGAUCAGGUUCAAACCUUCUGUAAACAAACAUCAACUUUUCUGCAGCAAAUCAAGAAACAUUUCAAACCUCCAUCAGUGUUUUAAUAAAGAUUAUUAAUAAUAA